GAGGAGGGCAUGAACUCGAUUAAAGAAUCCAUAUGGGGCAUGGCUGGAACAAAGCUUGUCUGUGCUGUCUUGUCACUGCCAGUACCUUCUAGAUCUUCAAAUCCUAUCAUUCUUGAACUCAUUGAGCAGAGAAGUGAGAGAACACUUCAGAAGAUUCUUUUAGUUGGAUGUAACGGAUCUGGAGCAAGUACUAUAUUUAAACAGGCCAAGAUUCUAUAUGAAGCUAUCCCUUUUUCGGUGGAUGAACGCGAAAGCAUUAAGUCUACAAUACAAACAAACGUGCAUAUGUUGGUAUACUUCUUGAGGUUUGGGAACGUUUUGAAGAGGAAUGUUUGGCUGAGAUGAGGAGGCAAUGUUCUAGUCAACCAGUUGCCAGUGGUACACUGUAUUUCUUGUUAAACUUUCCUUUCUCUUCUUUGACUUGAUACAUGUCUGCAUAGAGUUUAUUGUGAGGUUUCUUCUCUAUCCUCGUAUUGGAUUAGUUAUUCUUAGCUUAAAAGGCAGCAAAUUUAGCUAUCAUUCAGCUCUGCAUUACUGUAUAAUGUU